GGUAUGCUCUGAUCGGACGAAAGCUGAUUGGACACAGAUUUUAUGUGUCUCGGUUAUAGAUUUGUGAUAUUUCAAAUAUUUACAUGGAUAAAUAAGGUCUAAUAAAAUAAAUAAGAAAAAAAUAUUGACCGUUACAGAUACAAGAAAAAAAUCUCCGAAGUAAACGCGCAGUGAUUUAUGCUAUACAACAUACCUUGGAUUAUUAAAGAAAAAAGGUAGACGUAAGCACUGUUAGGCAAUACUAUCAGGAAACAGAUACGACUUUAUCAUGGUUAUCAGGGUUAACAGAGGACUGGUGUUCGUCUUCUGUCUUCUGAAGACCUUCCUGGAAUUCGGUAUGGUAUUUGCGUUUGGAGCUUUCUUCGUUGAGCUUCUUGACAAAUUCCAGAAAGAUCGCGCAACAACUGCAACUGUGCAAUCACUUCUUGUUGGAGUAACUUUAUGCUUCGGUGUUGUCGGCGGAGCACUCAUCAGUAAAGCAGGACUGCCAUUGGUUACGCUUCUAUCUUGUAUACUCGUUCCACUUGGUUUUGGUGCCUCUUUCUUUGCUACCAGAAUAGAGCAUCUAUACAUAAGCAUCGGCAUUGUAUCAGGAGUUGGAGUUUCAAUGGGAUAUGUCAGUGCUGUUGUGAUAGUUGGUAGAAUUUUUACAAGAAAGAAGAGAGUUCUGUUUUUAGCUAUGCUGAGUGCUUCCUCUCCGUUAGCUGGAUUGGUCUACCCGUAUUUUCUAAACUGGUUGAUGACAUUGUUUGAUCUUAAUGAGACGUUUCUAAUCCUUGGAGCUAUUUAUAGUAACACGUUCCCAUUGUUCAUAUUAUGUUGGAUGAAUCGGAGCACACUUAAAGAUGUUGCAUUGUCUUCGACGGUUUCUCAAGAUAAUACAAAUACAGAAAAUGAGACACAAGUCCCCACAAUAAGGCAUAAAGAAAAUUUUAUCAUAAACGGUGUUAAAACAUUGAGAGAAAUGGUGAACAUAACCUACCUCUUGUUACUUUUUGCUGUCGCCAUUUCAGUUGCUGGCAUAAAUGGGUAUUCGGGGAUAAUUCUUGAUAUUAGUAGAUGGAAAGGUUUAAGUAAAUCUCAGGGACUGUUUACAUUUGUCAUUUUCAACAUCGCUAACACAAUAUCAAGACUUGUACCGGGUUUGCUUAAACAAAAGAAUGGAUUCAAUUCUUUUAUGUACCCGAUUAUUUCCACUAUAUCUGGUUGUGUCGGGCAGUUAUUUCUUUAUAAAGGACAAAGCUAUGUUUUGUAUGUGUUAGGAACUUCUCUGACUGGCGUUGCAAUUGGCGGAGUUGUUUCAGCACAAUUGAUUCUUGUAUUAAAAGCAGUACGUCCAGAGUUUAUUCCAGUAGCAACAGGACUACUUUUUACAGUGACGGGUGUAAUAUCUGCUACAACAGGCCCGACAUUUGAUAGAUGGUGUUCAUUUCAACAACCUUGGAUUUGAAAUUUUUCCGCAAUGUGAGAGGAAUAAUUUUGAAGUGCUUUGCAGAUAUGUAAUUCACACAUGUGCUGGAAGAUACUGCAUUCUAAUUGGUGGUGGCACAUUUGUAACUAUAUUAUCAUAUAACAGUAAGUAUAGACAUAGUAAGUAUAUUAGCCGUCAUAUAUGAUAGAACCAAACCCAUAUGCGGUCCAUUUCAGUUAGAUAAACAAGACUUUCUGCAGGCUUAUGAACAUGGCAGAUCUUGUAUAUCACAAAUUUUCUGUCCGUUUGUGGUAAAAGACUAAAUGUAGUUAAAUGGACUAAUAGAAUUAUAAAGUCUAAACACAUUGUCUGUAUUUGUUUAUAUAGUUUUAAUGUAGUUAAAUGGACUACUAGAAUUAUAAAAUCUAGACAUAUUGUCUGUAUUUGUUUAUAUUCUGUUCCACUAUAUAAAUAAUGGUUACAGACAAGUAAUCUGCAGUCAAAUACACCGCAAGUUGUCAAAUGGACAAUAAAAAAUUAUUGUUUUUGACAGCUGUCUACAUUUAUGUAAUCAAAUGGGCUGCAUGGAGUCUAAUGGGCUACUAAGUCUUUGUUACUCAGAUAGUUUGUCCGUAUUGAUGUAGUCAAAUGGACUACAGUGUAGUCAGAUGGACUACUUUGUAUAGUCAGAAGGACUUCUUUGUAUAGUCAAAUGGACUAUAUGUAGUCAUAUGGACUACUUUAUUUAGUCGAUGGAUUAUUUUUACCGUAUGGUUAAACACAGGAUGACUGUCAUACACUUGUAAAAUGUUACAAGGAGAGAUUAUUGUAAAUACAGUAUUAUCUCGUGGAAGUUGAUCUUUACAUGCUCUCUUAGUAAGUAUAGAUAUAGUAAGUAUAUUAGCCUGUCAUAUAUGAUAGAACCAAACCCAUAUGGGGUCCAUUUCAGUUAGAUAAAUAAGACUUUCAACAUGCUUAUGAACAUGGCAGAUCUUGUAUAUCACAAAUUUUCUGCCCGUUUGUGGUAAAAGACUAAAUGUAAGUAAAUGGACUAAUAGAAUUAUAAAGUCUAAACACAUUGUUUGUAUUUGUUUAUACGUUUGUGGCCGAUUAGUUUAAAUGUAGUAAAAUGGUCUACUAGAAUUAUAAAAUCUAGACAUAUUGUCUGUACUUUCUUAUAUUCUGUUCCACUAUAUAAAUAAUGGUUACAUACAAAUAAUCUGCAGUCAAAUAAACCGCAAGCUGUCAAAUGGACAACAAAAAAUGAUUGUACUCGACAGCUGUCUACAUUUAUGUAGUCAAAUGGGCUUAAUGGAGUCAAAUGGGCUACUAAGUCUAUGUUACUCAGAUAUUUUGUCCGUAUUGGUGUAGUCAAAUGGACUACAGUGUAGUUAGAUGGACUACUUUGUAUAGUCAGAUAGACUUCUUUGUAUAGUCAAAUGGACUAUAUGUAGUCAUAUGGACUACUUUAUUUAGUCGAUGGAUUAUUUAUACUGUAUGGUUAAACACAGGAUGACUGUCAUACACUUGAAAAAUGUUACAAGAAGAGAUUGUUGUAAAUACAGUAUUUCUCGUGGAAGUUGAUCUUUACAUGCUCUCGUACAUGGUUUUCUAUUUCAUAUGCCACCAAGACAGCGAAGGCUGCUGCAGCUGAGGAAGCUGCUAAAACCAAACGAAGAACAAACCAAAUUGAGCAGGUUUCAAAAGCUAACACAUCCAAUUUAUCAGAAAAAGACUUGAACACAAUUAUAUCAAAUGUUGUUCCUGCUGUCACACAAGGUAUGUUGUAGGUUUUAAAAGACUUGAAGGUACUACCGCCUGACAAUACUCAGAACCAAAACUUCGGAAAAGAACAGAUACCUUUGGAAUCCACACAAAGCACUUCAACAUCUGCUCCAACACCAACUUUGGCAGCUUCAGAUAUGAAUCAAAAUUCUGCCACAUUUUUGCGUCCACUUUUUCUUGGUAUUGAUGAAAAAAUCAAAGCUAAGAUUGUAUCCGAUCAGUUUGUAGAGUUAGAUUCCAUAUAAGAUAAAGGUGAUUAUCAAUAACAAUUAGUCGAAAAUGGCAGUGCGGAAUCCUCGUUCAAAAAGUUUUAAAUCGUCGACCAGUAUAAAAACGCUGGAUCAAGGGUUUAAUACAUUUCAUAUUUUUACAAGUGUUUACACAGACAGACACCCAACAUCUGCUGCUACUUUAAUGAAACAUUGCGACACAGUUCAUAAACUUGCAAAGCAAUCGGGGCAUUCCGCUGCCAUUUUUUACGAUAGACAAUUUCGUCUCAAAAGAAGCUAGAUUGGCUUCGAUUUUAUAUGGGGAAAUCGAUACCCAGUUGUAUACGCAGGCACUGGUCAUGGGGUUAAUGUUCCGGGUCCAUUCAAUGAACCACCUUUUAGCAACUUUAUGACCUCACCUCUGGGUUUAGUACCCAAUCAGGAACCCAGUGAAUUUCGUGGAAUACAUCAUUUAUCAUUUCCAGAAGGUCAAUCUGUUAAGGCUAGAAUCCCAUCAGAAUUGUGCUCUGUUCAAUAUCAAAAUAUUGAUGAUGCAGUAGAUCUUGUGCAAACUAUUGGACCUGGUGUCCUUCUGUCACAAUUUAUGUCCAAAAUGCAUUUAAAAUAAUUUCAAUUCAGUUGUAGGCUUGGUAAAUAAACAAACAUCUCAGGACCUAAGUAUUAUAUGCCUGGUCAGAAGAUUAGUUCUACAAUGUUUGAAAUAUAACUUUUUGUUUUAAGACAAGCAUCUUAAAAGCAUUGUAAGGUUAUCAUAAUUUAGUUCCUAAAACAGACACACGUUUGCCAAUUGCAUAACGUAAUACGGUCAAUGGACGUCGUUUGCAAUUCGCAAUUCCUACGUAUACUGCUAACAGCCAUGUAUUUAUUGACCUUUCAUGUUUUCCUUCCAGUUGGAGAAUUUACUUCUUCCUCUCCUGACUCGUAUAUUAUAGUAGUAGAACAUGUAUAUAUAACAUUCAAUCGAACUAAAUAGCUUUGACUUGGUUUUGAAAAGCUAUAAAUAUAGUCGAGGCAAGACCCAAUAAACUGCAUAUAUCAUGUUGUCACCAUGAAUUAAAUAUGUGCCCAUUGCAUGCAUUGUACUCGUAUUAUACAUUAAGUAACGCUCCACCUGGCCCACUAUUUUCAUUUUUGAUAAUAAUCCAGUGACAAGAUCUUUCUUUUGUACCAAGCUUCAAAUGUCACUCACUCGGAUAGGUUAUAGUACUGACUUUUACAAAGGUCAUAGUUUCCGCAUUGGUGCGGCAUCGCAAAGAGGUUUCUGGGGAGUUUCAGAAGAAAGAUCGACCUUUGGGCAGGUGGUUUUCAAACGCUUAUAAAAAGUAUAUUCGCAUUCCUAUGGUAGAACAAUCAGAUGGGGUCAAAGCUCCAACAAUAUAGGUACAUCAUGGUCACAAAUGUGAUGGGGUCAAGGGUCUCUCACCUUGUGGUUAUCAUGUUAACAAGUAUUCUUCAGUUAUCCUCUUAAAACAAAUAUCAGUAUUGGAUUUUAGAAAUUAUACACCUUUGUUUGGGGUGGAUGAUUUUUGUCAAGUUAAUAUCUAGUUUUCUUAUGUUUGUAAUUCUUAUUGCUAAUGGUGCGAUGGGGUCAUGGGUCUCCCGCACUUAAGUUAUCAUGUUACAUGUAUAUAAAGUUUAUUAAUAAGCAAUUUUGCAUGUUUAUAUGAGUUACUGAUAUUUUGCUUGUGUGAUGGUGCCAAGGGAUGCUUACCUCUAUUUUUUCAUGUCAAAUAUACAUGUACCAUUUUCUACAAUUUCUGCAUGUUAGAGGGUGUAACACUUUAACAAGUAUUCUUCUGUUAUCCUCUUAAGACAAAUAUCAGUAUUGGAUUUUAGAAAUCAUACACCUUUGUUUGGGGUGGAUGAUUUUUAUCAAGUAAAUAUCUAGUUUUUUUUUAUGUUUUUAAUUCUUAUUGCUAAUGGUGCGAUGGGGUCAUGGGUCUCUCGCACUUAAGUUAUCAUGUUACAUGUACAUAAAGAUUAUUAGUAGGCAAUUUUGCAUGUUUUUAUGAGUUACUGAUAUUUUGCUUGGGUGAUGGUGCCAAGGGUUGCUCACCUCUAUUUUGUCAUGUUAAAUAUACCAUUUUCUACAAUUUCUGCAUGUUAGAGGGUGUAACACAUGAGUAAGCUGUUGAUAAAUAAAUGAUACACUCACU